AAUUGAUGAUAAUUGAUGUCAAUUGAUGUGAAUUUGUGGCCAACAUGUCUGACAUGUCUUCAGGCAAAUGGCAGUGUUGUCGAUGCACUUAUCAUAACUAUAUGAAGGCAAACAAAUGCACGAUGUGUUUAGACACAAGACAGUCCAUCCAAUUGAUCAUCGAUGACAACGAUCAUCAAAACACAUCCCAACACAUCUAUAAGAAGUCUUCAUUAUCUGAGACAAUGAGUGACAAGAAUGAGACCAAUAAGAAGUGGUGGUGCGAUGUCUGUACUUUUCUCAAUCACUAUAAAUCUCUUAAAUGUAGCCAAUGUUUAACUGUCCGACGAGUUCGUAGUCCUAAAGGAGAAGCAGAUGGCCAUCAAAUGACGUUCAAUGAGUCUAACGGGUCGGGUGUCGGCAGUCAUGUUGACGGACAACAUAUUGUUUGUGAUAGUAUUGGCAAUAAUAAAGUAUUUGAUAACAGCUAUAGUAAUGACAAAAACAAAUACGUGAGUAUUGGUGUUGAAAGUGGUUUCAAGUGGUCGUGUAGUGCCUGUACUUACGACAACUGGAUGGCCGCAAAAAAGUGUGUCCUCUGCUAUACAAUCAAAAAAGAUAUUUCAAUAAUUAAUGAAAGACAGGCCACGGCUUCAACUAAUACUAUUACUGACGGACAAAAUGAGAAGCGAAAUGAAAGUCCUUUGUCUCAAAUUAGUGAAUCGGCUGCUAAAGAGUGCUCUAAUAAUGAGUACAAUAAUAUUAAAACUUUGAGUGACAUCUCUUCAUCAGCUAAUGAAUGUGUUGAUUAUAUUGAAGAUAACCAAAAACUAUAUGAAUUAGAUCUAUUAAUCGGUCAAAGUUCACGUCCAGUGGCCAAACGAGUUCCAUCAGAUGUGAGUCCAUUUUUGGCGGCAGAAAUCAGAAGAUUGUUUGCAAAUGGACUCAAACAACGCAAAGGAGAAUUUGCCUGUUUUUUUGUAACCGAUUUUUUCACAUUUGCUUUGCCGCCAGAGAUUGAAGACUUGUCAUCACAAAUACAGGAACGACUCUUUGAUGAAUAUUUAGACCGUGACGUUCAAAAAGAAUUGGAAGAAGAGUCACCAAUAAUUAAUUGGAGUUUAGAAUUAACUGAAAGAUUAGGAUCACGUCUUUAUGCGCUAUGGAACCGUUCGACCGGCGAUUGUCUCUUAGAUUCAGUACUUCAGGCAACGUAUGGAAUCUUCGAUAGGGAUAAUACUAUGAGAAAAGCUUUGGGCGAUUCUCUUAUUGAAAGUUCAUCUCAAUUGUUCCCACGAUUUAAAGAGGCUGAGACACUUCAAGCGAAUCUCUUGCACUAUACACUCGAUGACGAUCAAUGGCGAGAGGAUUGGGCGAUCAUAUUAUCAUUAGCAACACAGCCGGGUCAGAGUCUGGAACAAAUUCAUAUCUUCACAUUAGCUCAUAUACUUCGUCGCCCAAUCAUAGUAUAUGCCAUAAAAAUUGUAAAAAGUUUUAAAGGAGAUUCUUUGGGUUACGCCGGUUAUGAAGGCAUUUAUUUGCCCCUUCUUUGGGAACCGAGUUUCUGUUGGAAGUCUCCCAUAGCAUUAGGUUACACAAGAGGCCAUUUUUCAGCACUUGUGGCCAUCGAACCGGAGCCAUCUGAUGAACAAAUAGGAGCCGGAGCUAACUUUAGAUCUAAUGAUGACAAUGAAGUGAUAUAUUUACCAUUAAUUACAUCAGAGCACCAACUACUCCCCCUUCAUUUUUUGAGCCACAAUGAGUUGGGCAGAGAGGAAGACAUAAUGAGACAAUGGCUGGAUUGUUGUGUGACAACUGGUGGUAUUUUAGCUGCUAAACAAAAGAUCCCAAGAAAGCCAUUAUUAGUCGCUCAGAUGAUGGAUGAGUGGCUCGACUUUUACAGAAAUCUUCCUCAGCCUUCACUCUCUGAAUGUAUUAAAACAAAUGAUUUCUCGAGUGAUGAUUCUGAUCAAGAAAUCUGAUUGUGAUAUCCGUCCACACAAUCAUUGAGUACUUCUGAAGUAAUUUUAUUAUUUAAAUAUAAAUAAUUAAUGUUACUAUUAUUAUAUUAUUAUUUUUAUUAUUGAAUACUAUUUUAGUUGAAU